AUGAAAGUCGUCGAAAUCUUGCUAUUAUUGGUCAGCAGCAAGAGCAUAUUUGCCCUAGGAUCCGAACAACAAGGUUCUACCACAUCAACAAGUGUACCGAGACACUCAACCACAAUGACAAGUGUACCUUAUCAUUCCACCACACUCAAACGUAUACCGACAGAUUCCAUCAAAUCAAAAAGUGUACCAACAGAUAUCACCUUAUCAAACAUACUAACAGAUGGCACCACAUCAACAGGUGAACCGAAAGAUUCCACCACAUCAAUACGUGAUCCGAUGGUUUCCUUCACUUCAGAGAAAGAGACAGCAAAUUUCAUCUCACCGACGAGUGUUCAGACUGUUUCAACAGAACCAGCUCUGUGUUCUUGCUCUUGUGAUUACUUCGAUAAAAUUGAAUACUGGAGUAAUGUAACCAAUCAGCUGCAACAAUACUAUGAACUAGAAGAAAAACUGAACAAUAUUAAGCACCUGCUCAGCUUGAACACUGGAAACUUAUCGUCAACGAUCAGAAAGAAGACCAGCUCUAGUGGAGGACGAGCAUCUGCAGAAGUUGUGGGUUAUGUUGGUGUGACUAUCCUUGCAUUGGUUUUUGAGUUCAUUAACAAAUGA